CGUCCGGCUUCGCGAGUAUUUUGAAUAACUGUCAAGUGUCAGUUAUCUGUCAAAUAAUAUAAUGGCUACAGAAAAAUUAAUAGCCGCGUACGAUUUAGAGAUAAAUGACAUAAAAAGGGAACAACAACGAUUAGCUGACAGAUUAAAAGAGUUAACCGCACUUAGAGAAAAAGCUCACGAUGAGUUAAUGCUCUCGAAAAGUGAAAAACUUAUGCAAAAAGAUUGGGCUGGUGAUGAUUUUAAGUGGAGUAAAAAGAUUCAAGAUGUACUUAAGAAUAAAUUCCGUUUAGAUCAAUUUCGACAAAAACAAUUAGCUUGUAUUAAUGCGAUUUUAUCAAAUCAAGAUGUGAUUUUAUUGAUGCCAACUGGUGGAGGAAAGUCUUUAUGUUAUCAAUUGCCUGCUUUAGUCACAAAUGGAAUGACCAUAGUAAUUUCACCACUUAUAUCCUUAAUGGAGGAUCAAGUCAUGAAAUUAAAACAGUUAAAUAUCAACGCGGAAAUGAUGUCAUCAACGACCGAUAAAACAAUUAUUAAAAAUGUUCACGAUGCACUCACCAACGGAAAACCUGACAUUCGCUUAGUUUAUGUAACGCCAGAACGUUUAGCGAAAAGUAAACGUUUAAUGUCCUGUUUACAAAAGUGUUAUUUACGAAAAGGUUUAGAUCGAAUUGCAAUCGAUGAAGUCCACUGUUGUUCACAAUGGGGUCAUGAUUUUCGGCCCGAUUAUAAAUUUUUAGGUGUAUUAAAAUCAAUGUUCCCAAAUGUUCCACUAUUAGGUUUAACUGCCACAGCGACAUCACGUAUUCUUAUAGAUGUUCAAAAAAUGUUAGAUAUUUCUGGGUGUCUUGUAUUAAAAGCAUCAUUUAACCGUCCAAAUUUAUAUUACGAAGUACGUCGAAAACCAUCGACUCAAGCGGAAUGUGUGAAAGCUAUUGUUGAUUUGUUAGAAACGAAAUAUAAUGGUAAAUCGGGAAUUAUUUACGCGAAUUCUAUUAAAGAGGCUACGGAUCUUGUUAAGGAGUUACGUGGACAUGGCCUAAAAGUUGGCUGUUAUCAUGCGGAUUUAGAACCAGAUGUUCGUAGUAAAAUUCAUAUGCGAUGGCAUUCACAGGAGUAUCAAGCGGUUGUGGCAACCGUUGCUUUUGGAAUGGGAAUAGAUAAAGCUGAUGUAAGAUUUGUUAUACAUCAUACAAUACCAAAAAGUAUGGAAAAUUUUUAUCAAGAAAGUGGUCGAGCCGGACGGGAUGAUAAAGCAGCCGAUUGUAUAUUGUUUUAUAAAUUGUCGGAUGUAUUUCGAAUUAGUGGUAUGGUCUUCUCAAAUAAAACGGGCCUUACAAAUUUAUACAACGUUAUUGAUUAUUGUAUAGAUAGUCAAAGAUGUCGACGGUCCAUAAUUGCCAAACAUUUUGACGAAGUUUGGGAGGCAUGUUUAUGUGAUGCUAAAUGUGAUCAUUGUCGUAAGCCACGUGAAUCUAUAGAAAUUAAUAUUACCAAUUAUUGUCGAGAUAUUUUUAAAUUAUUAAAUCAUGCCGCCGCUCAAGAUCAACGAUUAACUGCUGCAAAACUUUUAGAUGCUUGGUUUCAACAGAAAGGUGAUACAAAAUUAAGAUUAAAAAACUUAUCAAUACCUCCAAUAUCACGUGACUUGGGCGAAGAUAUCGUUGGAUAUUUAUUAAUCCAGGAAUAUUUAAAAGAGGAUUUCCAUUUUACAGCGUACAGUACAAUUAGUUAUAUUCGUAAAGGUCCAAAAUCGGUAUUAGCUAUGGAAGAUAAUUAUCAAAUUAAAAUGAUGAUACCUGGUAAACGAAAAACUGGACAAGAUGACAUAAAAACUUCUACAAAAAGGAAAAAUGAUACGGAAAUAAAUAAGACCAGUAGUAAAAAAAUUAAAGAAUCUAUUGAUUUAACAUAGUUUAGUCAUACGCUAACUAUUAAUAUUAUAAAAUUCCUAUCACGUGAUUGCAUGUACGUUUUCAUGCUAGUAAAAUUAUAGCUAGCGUUUGAAUGGAACUAGUUUUAAUAAUUUAUUUUUUAUA